AUGUAUGACAAGGAAGGUGUCAGAGACAUGAAGACCAAGAUUUCGCCAAAUGAACUAUUUUUAUGUUUCUUGUUGUUGCCGAUAGGAACAUCAGACUUCGUCGGAUCUCAAGUUUACGGUCCACUUGAAGAUGGGCCGGAUUUCCGAACGGAGGUUCCUUAUGGUCUCAAGUGUUCUAGACCGAUUAGCAAACAGCAAAAAUUCGAAGAGAUCGGAGCAAAAUCUAGCUCAGAUAAGCCCGUUCGAAAAGAACGAAACUUGCCUGUGAAAUGUCGGAUGGAAUUGCUUUUUCACGAAGACGAUGCAGUAGAAAUAAUGGCAGUUGAAGCGGUGGCGUUGGGAGGACGAGGCCAAGCCGUUGAGAGCCACUGCGAGACCGACUGA